GGCUACUGCUAGGCGUGGGUGGACUAUUAUAGCCCCAAAGUCUCAAAACAAGUGCCAAACAUGAGGGCAUGCCAUCAGACACUGAAGCUGACAAUUCACAUGGAAUGUAUAGGCUACAAGUAAAGAAGAAGACAUGCAUAUUCCACGUUUGUUUUGUUUAAAAGCCCGCCUCCCAACUGUUAACUACGUGCGUAAAACCGGUCUAACGUUGGAUUCACCCACAGCGUGUAAACAACUACUGUACAACUGUGCUUUCUUCAAUAAAGUAAAGGCAUGUAAUUGGUCUUGCACCCUCUGACGUCAGCCUUUGCAGUGUGGCGGAAGCUGUGAGAUCUUUCAGAGAAACUACGCCGUUGCGGUGUGGUUGUUGAGCAGGCGCUUCAGCGAAGUAGUUUGUCCCAAUGGAAGUGUCAGUGCUUAAAGGUAAUAAAAAACUGCAAUUUAGAACUGGAUUUUCACACAUCAAGUGAAACAAUCUUCGUCUACAUCUUUGUGUUGCUCCUCCCGUGUUAUUGAAGACACAUUGUUGCUGGUCAUUUCGGAACUGUUUCACUUGCCACAAUGUGGGAACAAGAAGAGUUCGAAAAACACUGGAAGAAGGAAUUUCCCGACGGGGAAGUGCCUAGGAUGAACCUGGAGUCAGUGGAGGACAUCGAGUCAGAACUUCAAAACUGUAAAGCGAAUCUGAGAAAACUGCAGCAGCAACUUGCCCAGGAGAAAUUCAAGGUGAUUUUCCUGGAGACGACUCUGGCCAGGACUAAAAAAAGUUGGGACAAAGAAAGGUGGGACCGCGCGGACGUCAAGUUGGCUCCCGAUACCAAGACGUCAGAGUCUUUCGAGAAGAGACAACAAAAUCUGGAUCAGGAUGUCGAAGUUAAAGACAAGGAGCGCCCAGUCCCGCCUGCGAAAGAUCCAAUGAUAAAUAAACGUGGCGAAGAUCCCGUGCGUAUUUCUUUCACUCGAGAUACGCCUGCGAAGCCAGGUAAACCCAUCCCACCUCCACGUAAAAACUUAAGUGCCAAGAAACCCUUUGUACCUGCACCUAGUCCACACCAGGUGGUCGACGGUAGCUGUGUCAGCCGUACCGAGGAGAAGCACCCCGAAGGAGGAGGGGGUAACAGUGAUCAUGAGUUUGAAGAUGCAGGGUUGAACCAUAACUUUGUCUCGAGGAACCUCGUCAACCCCAGCGCGCGAGACUCCCAGAAACCGAAUCUUCACAGAGAUGCCCUUCGCCCGUUCCGUCUGAGCAGGGAGUUGGACUCCAGUGAUGAGGGCAGGCUGUCACCUCUGGGCAUCCAGGUGACAGGAGGCUCCGGGCGCAGCACACCAGACAGGCGCAGCGACGGCUAUCUGAGUUCGGAUUCAGGUGAUUUCAACUACAAUAACGACGGCUAUGAUGGCGAGGGGGCGGAGGACAGGAAGUCUCAGGACGGCUCAGAGACCAUGCCCUUCAUCGACGAGUCGCCCACCAUGUCACCGCAGCUGUGUGCCCGUGGGCCGGACGGAGAGGCCGUGUCGCCCACCCCGCCAGAGGGGCUCCUCGCUGGGGGCGACAUAGAGAAGGGUCUGGAGAUGAAGAAGCUGGUCCUAUCUGGCUUCCUGGCCAGCGAGGAGAUCUACAUCAACCAGCUGGAAGCCCUGCUGCUGCCCAUUAAGGCCCUGAAGGCGGGGGCUACCACAUCCAAGCCGGUGCUGACGGUGGAGCAGAUCGAGACCAUCUUCUACAAGAUCCAGGACAUCCACGGGAUCCACAAGGAGUUCUAUGACUCCCUGCUGCCCCACAUCCAGCAGUGGGACGACAAGGUCACCGUCGGCGACCUCUUCCAGAAGCUGGCCAGUCAGCUGGGUAUCUACAAGGCCUUUGUGGACAACUACAAGGUUGCCGUGGAGACUGCUGAGAAGUGUGCGCAGGCCAACACCCAGUUCCAGAAGAUCUCUGAGAACCUGAAGGUGAAAGGACCGAAGGAAUCCAAGGACCUCACAAGUACCGUCACAAUGGAAGCUCUACUGUACAAGCCCAUCGACCGAGUGACACGGAGCACGCUAGUCUUACAUGACCUGUUGAAACACACCCCGAAGGACCACCCUGACUUCCCGCUGCUGCAGGAUGCUCUGAGGAUAUCCCAGAACUUCCUGUCCAGCAUCAACGAGGAGAUUGACCCGCGCCGCACCGCCGUCACCACGCCCAAGGGAGAGUCUCGUCAGCUGAUAAAGGACGGCUUCCUGGUGGAGGUGUCGGAGGGCUCGCGGAAGCUGCGUCACAUCUUCCUCUUCACGGACCUGCUGCUGUGUGCCAAGAUGAAGAAGACGGCUGUCGGUAAGCACCAGCAGUAUGAGUGUAAGUGGUACAUCCCCCUGGCGGACCUUACUCUGCAGACACUGGACGAUUCGGCCGACUCCACCCACCAUGUCCAGACACUCCCCGAACACGAACUGGACGAGAUGAAGAACAAGAUCUGUGUCUUCAAGAGCGAGAUUCAGAAGGAGAAGGGGAAGGGACAGAGUCGGGUGGUGGACCGGCUGAGGAAGAAGAUGAAUGAACAGGAGUCUUGUCUGCUGCUGCACUCCCCCAGCAUCCCCUUCCGCAUACACAACAAGAACGGCAAGAGCUACUUGUUCCUGCUGUCCUCAGACUACGAGAGGUCGGAGUGGAGGGAGAACAUUGAGAAGUUGCAAAAGAAAGAUCUGCCGUCCUGUGUGCUGAGCACGGUGGAACUGCAGGUCCUCACGGGCACCAGUUUCAAACUCAGAACGGUCCACAACAUCCCACUCACCAGCAAUAAGGACGAUGAAGAAUCCCCCGGGAUGUAUGGUUUCCUGCAUGUGAUCGUCCACUCGGCCACAGGCUUCAAGGAGUCUGCCAAUCUCUAUUGCACUCUGGAAGUGGACUCCUUCGGGUAUUACGUGGGCAAGGCCAAGACCCGUGUGUUCCGAGACACCACAGAGCCGCACUGGAACGAGGAGUUUGAGAUUGAGCUGGAGGGCUCCCAGUGCUUACGGAUCCUCUGCUACGAGAAGUGCUACGACAAAUCCAAGCUUAACAAGGACGACAACGAGAUCGUGGACAAGAUCGUGGGCAAGGGCCAAGUCCAGCUGGAUCCACAGACUGUGCAGUCCAAGAAUUGGCACAUGGACGUGAUCGAGAUGAAUGGGAUCAAAGUGGAGUUCUCUAUGAAGUUUUCCAGUCGGGACUUGAGCUUGAAGAGGACCCCCUCCAAGAAGCAGAGCGGAGUCUUUGGCGUCAAAAUCAGCGUAGUAACAAAACGUGAGCGCUCCAAGGUGCCUUACAUCGUGCGGCAGUGCAUCGAGGAGGUGGAGAAGAGGGGCAUCGAGGAGGUUGGCAUCUACCGGAUCUCAGGGGUGGCCACGGACAUCCAGGCCCUCAAGGCAGCGUUUGACACGAAUACCAAAGACAUCCUGGUGAUGCUGAGUGACAUGGACAUUAACGCUAUCGCGGGCACCCUGAAGCUGUACUUCCGGGAGCUCCCAGAGCCUCUGCUCACCGACCGCCUCUAUCCUGCCUUCAUGGAGGGCAUAGCGUUGUCUGAUCCUGCUGCCAAGGAGAACUGCAUGAUGCACCUCCUACGCUCGCUGCCAGACCCCAACCUAAUCACCUUCCUUACCCUGCUGGAGCACCUUAAAAGAGUGGCAGAGAAGGAGCCAAUCAACAAGAUGUCUCUGCACAACCUGGCCACAGUCUUUGGCCCCACCCUCCUGCGGCCAUCUGAGAACGAGACCAGCAAGGCACACGUCACCCUCGCCUCUGACAUCUGGUCACAUGACGUCAUGGCACAGGUCCAAGUGCUGCUGUACUACCUUCAGCAUCAGCCCAUCUCCUUCAGCGAGCUCAAGAGGAACACCCUCUACUUCUCCACUGACGUCUGAAGUGGCCCGCAAGAGACAGAGACUCUACCAGGCAGAGGGCCCCUCAACCACCCCCUCCUCCAUCUCUCCCUCUUUCUCCCUCCCUCUCUCUCUCUCUCGAUCCCUCCAUCCCUAAUCACCCACCCAGACACCAAACUCCACUGUCCGCCUCUCUCUCCAUCAUGGGCCUUAGAAGCAGAAGAGGCUGAACGGCACCAAACAAGAGGGAGGACAAAAGAGGAGGAAGAAGGGGGAGGCCCCUGCGCUCUUACGCAUCCAUUCCAUUUUUUUUACACUUCUUUUUGAUUGUUAGGGGCCCGUGCGGGGCUAGGGGGCCCAAUCUGUCUCAUCAUUGAGGCUGAAACUGGGGAAGAAAAACUGGAGAGGAGCCUCCAACAGCGCCCCCCUCCAUCAUCUUCCCAGGCUUGUUCUCAGAGUACUGUGAUGUUUGAGUGCAGCACACGUACUGUACUAGAACUGUACUGUACUGUACACUUACCCACCCGUCACCCUUCACCAUUAUCUUCACGUUUAACGUUUUCUCCACGCCACCUGAAAAAAAAGGCUGCUGGUGAAAUCAUGAUUCAGACCAGCCAAGCUCUUGGCUGGGAGAGGAAAUAACACCUGCCAAACACACUCACCUCUCUCUCACACACACAUCCACCCAUCACUUUGCCCUUUUCUUAAUCCACAAUCUGCACACAAAACACAUACAGUACUUUGUCCUCUUCACUCACGUCUCGAUAUGUGUGCGCACUGGUGCGCAUCUGUGUGUGUAUUUUUCUGUGUGUGCAUGCUUGCGUGUGUGCGCACACCUGUGCCACUGUACCAAUAGGCCUCUGGUACUGUAUACGUGUAUAUGUACUAUAUACGCGCAUGCAAUGUGUGUGUGAGUGUCUGAGACACAUAAGAAGCCAUCAGUGCAACAAGCUGUGGGUUCUCCACAGCUGCUCCAUGUGUGCCACGCCUAACACCAGCGUGUGAGAGGUCAGCUCUCACCCUAAUGUGGGACUCUCUUCCUGCUGCACUCUCCUCUCCUCUCCUCUCCUCUCCUCUCCUCUCCUCUCCUCUCAUUUCCUCUCCGUCCACAGGCCCAAAGUGAGCCUGUUUCUCUUAUACACUCCAUCUUUCCAGGCAUUCCACACUCACUCACUCACACAUAUACACAUGGACAGACCUACACAUGAACACGGACACACACAAACACACAUGCAUACACACGUGAGCAGACAGACAUUACAUACAAUACUUUAUAAAUAUUAUGUUUAGUAGAUUAUCAGUUUGCUUUACUUCUCUUUGGCUUUUCGCAUGUGAUUUAGAGGGCAGAGGGUGCGUGACUCCUAAAGUGUGUGUGGUGAUCAUGCGUGUGUGCGUGGGUGUGAUGCAAGAACACAACAAUUUUAUGUGUCAUGACUGUCAUCUUUUUGUUUCGUUUUUUUGUUUUUGUUUUUUUGUUUCGAGGCCUAAGUCAAAACUUGAGCUUCUUGAAGGCAGUGACAGUUUAGCGUCCCCCUAGUCUCUCUUACUUCCCAUGCCUGUUCAAAAGGGGAGGUACAAGUCCAGGCCAGACUUGUCCUAUUUAUUAUUAUGAAUAUACUAUGUGUGCCUGUACAGUCCCGUACAAACUAGAGACCUUCUCCAGGAUGUCCAUCGUUUUGACGUUUUUUGAGCUAGUAAUGAUUGAUUCAUUUCUUCUUCUUCUUUUUUUUAUUCCAUUUGACGAUUUAUUGGUGAAUCAUUAUUUUUUAUUGAAGAAUUCAUGGUAUGCAAUAUUGUGAAAAGACAAAAGAGUUAAAAAGUCAUUGUUGAUGUAAAAACUUUUUUUUUGUUCCUUCAUUGAAACGGUUGCAAGCCUGGUCCAGGCGGUCCGGCUGGACUCAAGUGUACGCUGUGAGAUGGUCUGUGUAAUUGCCCUCGUUGCAUGUUCAGCUUGUCAGUCAGAUUUUUGGCAGGUAACAUACAGGUUCUUUUCCACAGCCGUUUGUUUCUCCUUUUUUAAUAAGAAAAAAACCCCAUCUGCGACCUUGUUAUCGAAGGCAAUGCAAAGCCAAUCUUUCAGCUUCAAGCCUGUGACAUAUCUUACAAUUAAGCACUGUUAGAUGAGUAUGAUUUGAUAUUUUUAAUAUAAGAUUGAAAAUAAAUAAAAAAGCUGUUGUAUUUUUUUCUUCCGUUGGGAAGGAAUUGAGUAUACUGUAUUAACAAUAAUGGUAAGUGUUGAUGUGAACUUUUUUUGUAAAACAAAUAAAAGUCAAAGAAAAACA